AUGCCAACUAAUUGUUGUGUUCCAGAAUGCACGAAGAAGGGAUAUCGAGAAGAAGAUGGGACAAAAGUAUCAUUCUUUAAAUUUCCGAUCGAGAACCCGAUGAAGAAGAAGUGGCUACACGCAAUAAGGAGAGAAGAAGGAAAAUACUUCAAGGUAACUAAAAGCACAAGGGUUUGCUCACGACAUUUCAGGGAAGGCGAUAUAAAAAAAUCCCUUGCUGGGAAAAAUGAACUAAAAGACGGAGUUGUUCCCUCUGUUUUUCCGUGGAUUCGAACAUCGCCACGUAAAAGAAAGGAGCCGAUGGAAAGACACUUUGAAGAGACCGCUUCGAAAAGUGCAUCAAGGAAAUUGUCUUCUUCAGUUGUCUUGGAAGAAUUAUCAAAUGAAAUGGUACCAGAUGUAUCGGAUUUAAGCUCACAAUUUGAAAACGUAGAAACACAAACUGAUUUGACCGAGCACGAAGCCUACUUGACGGAAAUCAUUGACAACAAUAACAAAAGGAUUUAUGAGCUAGAACAAGAAAUCGAUGAACUUAAGCGUCAGUUGCAAGAUACCCAGCGGCGGAAUGAUGCCCUUAAUAAGAGACUGUUUACCUUUGAAAACUUAAAGUCAAAAGAUUCCAAUGCUGCUUUUUAUUCCGGCUUCCAAACCUGGGAUGCUUUUAUGGCUGUUUUUGAGUACCUUGAUCCAGGGGAGCGAGGUGAGAACAUUUCCUUCUGGCGGUCUUCCACUGACGUCACAUCUGAUUAUAGCGAGGACCAAACGGAUGAAUUACUAACGAAAAAGGGGAGAGCUCGAUCUUUAAAGCCCCUUGACGAAUUUUUUAUGGUGAUGUGUAGGCUGAGGCAAGGAUUUCCUGAAGAUCAUUUAGCUAACUUAUUCAAUGUAUCAACACCCACAGUGAGUAGAAUAUUUAUCACAUGGGUCAAUUUUAUGUACUUUAAGUUUGGACAAAUAAGCAUUUGGCCUAGCAGAGAAAUAAUCAACACAACAAUGCCUGAAAGUUUUAAAAGCAAGUACAAGUCGACAAGAGUCAUAAUUGACUGUACUGAGAUCAGAUGCCAAAUGCCAAGUAGCUUACAACUGAAUGGAGAACUUUUCAGUUCCUAUAAGAAUCACACAACAUUGAAGGGCUUGGUUGGUAUAUCUCCUGGGGGAGCAAUCACAUUUAUUAGCCAACUUUACACCGGUUCAAUCUCGGAUCGAGAAAUUGUACGAAGGAGUGGUUUUUUAGAGCUUCCAUUUGACGAUAAAGACUCAAUUAUGGCAGAUAAAGGAUUCACAAUUCAGGAUUUGUUGCCUUUGGGAGUUACUUUAAACUUGCCACCUUUUCUUGGAGCAUCUGCACAGAUGGCUGCAGAGGAUGUGGUAGCCACCCAGGAAAUCGCUAGUUUAAGAAUUCAUGUUGAGCGUGCCAUAAACAAGAUAAAAAACUUUCACAUCUGGGAUAGAGUUGUUCCAUUACAUCAGAUG